CUUCACCCAAUGCCCAAAUAAAACUGAAUCGUUGUUACGUGUUGUUGUUGUUGCACCCGUAGACUGCGUUAAUAACUGCGUUUACUUGCCCUUUGCUCAUACACGCGUUCGUCACUCGUAUGGGAACAUUGCGAUCAAUGGCUAGAACCGUCGAACGCUACGACCAAUAGACAUUGCAAAAUGCUGCCACUGUUCUCUUUUCCAGUUACACCAGACGCGUGGAAGUGGAAAUUGAAUUCCGUAAAAAUGUUCCAAGUCUAAUUUCCCACAGUUAGCACAUCGUGAGAACGUGACAAAAACUCGCAAGUCCUAAAGAUCCAAGCGUAAAUGUUGUAUGCCUGUGAAAUCGUUUUUUCCUUUUUAUUCGUUUUCAAAACCGUUUUAUAAUGGAAAGUACGGAAAAAAGUAUUGUAUCUGAUCAGCGGUUUUAUUGCGAAAUUUGCGAAAUUUCCGGAGAAGAAAGAAGUUAUAGCUGUGAGAAAAGCCUGAAAAGACAUCUGCGUGAAUUUCACAAACAUCCAAAACACUCUGUAAAAGCGUCAGGAGCAGUUAAGGUGUGUGUAUGCAACGAAACGAGCUGCGGUUUCCGCUAUCUGCACAUGGAACAAUUUGUUAAGCAUCUGGCUGAAACCCAUGGACUUCAACAUCGAAUGGUUAAUCAGAAUUUUGUUGGAGAAGAAGAGUUUGAUAACUGGAAAUCAGAAAUGCAGGAGCAAACUUGUUCCCAGUUUAACAAAUAUUCUGCCCUUACUAAGUCCAGGGAUGUGACAUGGCAAACUUAUCUCUGCUUCCGCAGUCCCCGAACAGAAGCUGAAGUGACUUCAACCACGCUAACCUUCCGGUGUUCAGCUUUUUUCAAGAUGUACCGUAGCGGAAACGGAAUAAGCAUUCGUGGCUGCUUGGAACAUUAUGGCCACGACCCAGCCGAAGACGUGGCACAACAAAGAAUUCCAGACAGCAUUAGACAAGAAAUUGCCACACGAGUGAAUUUAGGCGUCCCACCCAGAAAAAUUGUUCGUGACCUUAGACGAUCAGCCUUCCAGAAAUAUCAAAGCGCUGGACUUCCUCAGAGAUUGGCUUUUUUGACCCUGCAGGACGUAUACAAUAUUCGGCGUGAGUACGGUUUGGAGUACCACUGCACUGACCCUAGCGAUCUCUCCAGUAUUGUUCUGGAAGCUGCGCGCCAGACCUCGCUGCCGGAAGAAGAAAAAUCGAUUUUGUUUUUCAAACAUUUUGGAGACGAAUCGGAUUUAUAUCCGGACAUCACAGACUCGCAUUUUAUUUUAAUUGUCCAGACGGAUUCCCAAAAAAAGCACUUAACCAACCUCAGCUGCCGAAGUGUGUGCAUCGACGGCACGCACGGAAUUACCGGCCGCCCCGAAUUUAAACUAAUUACUUUACUGACACUGGACGACAAGCAGCGAGGAAUUGUUGUGGCACACUGCAUAACAAACCACGAAGACGAAAUUUCUGUAACUCAUUUUUUUAAAGCUCUCGAAUGCCAACUGAAAAACAAGGACGUGCAAUGGUUUUUAUCCGAUGACGCAAACGCAUUUUAUAAUGCAUGGAAAAACGUUUUUGGAAAUGCCGCACAGAAAAUUCUGUGCAUUUGGCAUGCCCGGAAAAAUGUCAAUCAAUGGCUGGAUCGUCGAUUGAAAUCGCUGCGGUCCAUAAAACAGAAAUUUCGCGACAUUAUGUAUGCUCACAAUGAGGAAGCUAUGGAAAACGCGGUUGCUGAAAUAAGACGAGCAAUCAGCAGCCAACCGGAUGUUCGGACCUAUUUGGAAACACAUUACCUAUGUCGAAUUUCUGAGUGGGCACUCUGUCUUCGCUCUGGGGCAGAUUUUUCAACAAGCUCCUUCGUGGAAAGUUUCCACAGAAAUCUGAAACGCUCGUACCUGGAAGGAAAAAACGGCUUAAGAAUAGACGAAUUUCACGAUUCGUUAAGUGAUUUCAUUGAGCACGAUUCCAUCAAACGUUUUGCGGAAGAUGCAAAAAAGACUCCAUCCUUCAGGAUUCGUGAAUUAGCAAAAGGUCAUCGACGCUCGCAGCUCGUAGAAGAUAAAUACGAGUUUGAAGUAGAUUCUGACAAGCGGUGGCUGUGCACUAAGCUUUCUGACCCCGAUUGUGUUUACGUAAUUUUGCAAAAAGAUUGUGCAAAUGAAAGCUGCGCGUUCAAAUGCCCGGACUGCCGGACAGAUGUCUGCGCCCAUUCUUUAGUUUGUGACUGCAUCGGAUCCAUCAGUGGUUUCAGAGUGUGCAAACAUGUCCAUCUGCUUUGUUCCAGCACGGUUGAUGUAUCGAACAUACAUCUACAGAAAACGCGCGGCGAAGUUAGCCAUGUAGAUCUGAGAAGUGUGGGAGGCGAAUCGACAGGAGUUCCCUAUACAUUCAGCGAAGCGGUUGAACUGGAGCAAAAUUACAGCCUAGCUGACAUUGACCUUUCCGGACAAGUGGUAUGCACUGACAACUCAAGUUCCAUGGUCAGUGAAGCGAACAAAACGGCACGUUCAAGCCAGAAGAAACAUAGAAAGAAAGAUUUCAAGGGCAGACUGUCGUCUCUAAUGGAUAUCAUUACCAAGCUGAGUGCAAGUCAAACCAUGGAGGAUUAUGACGAUAUCGACAAACUUGCAUCGCUGGCGGAAACCCUCGACGUUAAGCGGACGCUAAAAUUAAGCCACCCGACAAUCGUGCUUGAUAAAGCCCGGCAGCGUAAUUCCCGACUAAAAGUCCAGAGCAGAAAAUUUAAGAAAACGAAGAAAAGCUGUGGUCUACAACUGACCAACAAAAAGGAAGACCACGUGACCUUUGCAGCAUUCCUGCGGGCACCAUCAAAAUACAGGAUGAACUUAUUCGGGCGCUAGCUGUACAGCCGUGAGCAGUCGCAAUUGCCUAAUCUUGAUAAAAUCUUGUUUACAGAGGAUUGUGCAACUACUUCAGAUUUUUGAUUCCCACAAAAACCGGAUACGUAUCGUCCCAACGAAUUAUAAUAUCAAUCAUAGCAUU